AAGCUCCGCGUUACUCCUCCUCUUCCCGCCCCUCCAUUACGUCAAAACAAGAUUGUGGGCGGGCAGUUCCACUCCAGCCGCUCCUCAUCAUGGCUUCUAGUCAGGAGUUGACUUGCCAGAUGCAGAGGGCAAGAAAGCGCACGACGGUCGUAUCUGGCGGAAUGCAGAGAUACACCUGAGGAAAGGUUGGAGGAAGAAGAAAGCGCAUCCCGAGCGAAAGCUACGUCGGCCUCUUCAAUGUCUUCAUUACGUGUCGCCGGUAACGCGACGAAGAGCGGUAGAAACAUGAAGGACUACUCCAUCAACCUCUCGGUGCAGCAGGUUCUGAGCCUCUGGGUACAUGGCACCGUGUUACAGCACUUUACAGAAAUGUGGUACUGGGUGUUCCUGUGGGCCUUGUUCUCUUCACUCUUUGUCCAUGGAGCUGUGGGACUCUUCAUGUUUAUCAUGUUGCAAAGGCAUAAACAAGGAAGACUGAUCUCCAUCAUACUGGUCAGCCUUGGAUUCCUAGCCUCUGUCACUGGUGGGAUGAUAACCAGUGCCGCUGUGGCUGGAGUGUACAGGGUAGCAGGAAAGAACAUGGCCCCCUUGGAAGCUCUGGUGUUUGGUGUGGGACAGACCGUUCUGACAGUUGUCAUUUCCAUCACAAGGAUUCCUGCCACGCUGUGAAGCUCGCGCUUAUUGGUGAUGUUUCCCCGAAAGCUUUGUCCUCUUUCUGUGUUUGGACCUGGUGAACAAGAGAUGGGUAACAGAAGAACAGCUGAAGCAUUUCACAGAUGAUAGCACCAGGUUUACAAAUGAGUUGAGCAUCCUGUGGUGUUCAUGCUGUUGCACUAAUGCACCUUACGUGCCUCAAGUACAGGCAUGGUGUAUGAGAAACACGGCGCAAAGUCUUCUGACAAAAGCACCUUGCAGAGUUAACAAUCGUGAAGCUUUGCCUAGAAGGAGAUAUCGUCUGCAGUGUUUAUAAAUGAGAAAAAAAAAGCCUGCAUUAGCAGACUUCAGGGACUUUCCUCUAAUUGCUGCAAAAUGUGCCAAAAUUACUUUUCAACAUGUCUGACAAGUAAAGAAAGGAGCAGAAGCUUCUUUAAGACUUCUUGAUACACUGGUAAAGAAUCUGCUCAGGUGCAGGUUUACAAAUGUUUGUGGGAACAUUGGCCAGCUCUUUCUUGUGUGAGUUGUUUUGUGUGUUUUGUUUUUUAUACUUUUACCUAGCUGCUGCCUAUUUUACUUAUUCUGAUUUGUGUGUGUGGGGGGUUUUAUUUUUAUAUAUAUUUUGCAGUUAUUUUUUUUUUCCUGUUUUUGUUCUGUCAUUUUUGCAUUGAAAUGGAAUACUACAGGGAGUUCGCUUACAGUUUGAUUUUGCUUUGGUAUUUAUGCUUGACUUAAAUGAAACAAUGUAGUACGUUUCCAUUUUCAUGCAAGCAUAGCAUUAGAUCAGUUUCAUUACAAUUGGAAUGAUCUUCCUGCCCACCCAACAACCAUACACAAAGCAGUUUCCAUAAUUCCACUUUUAUCUUUGUCUUUUUUUUUUUUUUUUAAUUUCCUCUUGCUCAUCAUUCCACCUAAUCCUUCUAAGUCGUUAUGGUUUAGGCAUUUUUAUUUCUGAGGUAUUUAUCUGACAAACUGUCUUUGUUUUUCCUGUGGAAAUCUCUCCACCUUGAUUUGAAAAGGAUGUCCGGCUUUGAUUAACAAACCCAAGUUAAAAAGGGAAUCCUGCGGACUGUUUUUCCAUUCCUCCUUCCAUAAAUUCCAGUUAUUAGCUGCUUCACAUUCACUUAGAAACCAACAAUGGCACAAUAUUCACUGAAUCGCAGAGAAAAUACCACUCCACAUGUAGUUCCAAUGCUGGGCUCCAAUGUUGAGCACUAAAGAUUCAUUGUGAAAUGAAAAUUAGAAGAGUGAAAGAAAGGAUCCGGCCGUAGAUUGGAAUGACCCUUAAUGAAACAUGUUGAUUUCCUUUGAUUGUGACACACAACAAUUUAAAGAGAAUUCCUCUGUGUUUGUUUGUUUAGGCCAGCUGGUCUUGUUUCCUUAUGUAACUUUUUGAUUACAAUGUUCAUUUCCCGGAUUUUUAAACCUUUUCCCUGAACUCUUGGCCUGGAAUUCUUAUGAUGAGAAGUUUGGCUUUCAUUUAUUUACCACAUUGGUUCAUAGAUUCAGUCCUCUAGCCUUACGGUUUUCCUUUCAGCUGGUUUCAUAAUUAAAUCAAUAUUGCUGAGUAAACCUGUGACUGAAUUAGAUGGUGAUCAUCCCCAUCUGUCCAUGCAUUUUUGUCACAGAUUGUGUUGCGCAAAAGUGUGCAACUUUUCUUUUGAUUCCUUAAUUUUUAGUAACGUUUGUUGAGCCACUGGUUCAAUACCAUUUAUACCCUUGUCUUCAUCAUGCAUGAUGACAUCUGUAAUAAAACGCAUAGGAAGAUACAAAGGUAUAAAGAUGAUGCAUUAAUUGUGCCAUGUAUCUGAAAAGAUUUUUUUUUUUUAUAGAGAAACCUAAAAUAUAAAUGCUUUCAGAAUGCAGACUGAGAAUGGGAAUGCUCAGCAAGGCAGCAAAAACUGUCAGUUUAAUGUCAAGUAUAAUUUGGCUCAACUUCUAAUGCACGCCUGUAAAUCAAGUAUUAUUCAGCUGUAAAAUGUAAAAAGAAAAAAAAUGACUUGUGACAUUCUAGUCAGAUUAAAAAUAAAAAUGUAUUCAGUUGCAACAAGGGCUGGAACAAAGGAUACGAAAAUAUUACUGCCAGGAGGGAAAAUGUAAAUAUGGUUAUUUAAGGUAAUACAUCAGAGGUCAUCAGAUACAUUGGACGGCCUCAGUGGCUGCAGGUUAUGUCUUCGAACAUUUUAUUAAUUAGAACCUAUUUAUUUACUGGUAAAACAGUAUGCUUUUUUUCCGGCUUAAUGUUGGUUUACUGACUAUUUACAAUUCAGUAACCUUAAUUACUAUUUUCAGUUUUAAGUAACUGAAUUUAGGUUUUAAUUGUUUUAUAUUUAUAUGAAACAGCAGUUCUGAAGCUAAAUAUUAAAUGGUUAAACCGGUGUACAGGUUAGUUAUUGACUUACGACUUAUGCGUUUUAUGACCAUUCGACUUAACCACAACUGCAUCUCACAGGCAAAUAACAGUUUUUGCCAUGUCAGCUCCAUAUGCCGUGACUCAUUCAUCUCGAUUUCAGUUUAUUACCUGCAGGAAAAAAGGCAAUCGAUCUUGACGGAAAAACAAAUAAGAUCGAGCAGUAUGAAGGAGGAAGAACAGCGGGUGCAAUCGCCUUGUGACUUUAAGUUACCCAUUGUAACCAGUGUUUACUGCAUGUGCUGUAAUGCUGUGCUCUGGCUUUGAAUCCAGUUAACCUCUGAAGCUUCUCGCAAUGUGCUGUUUCGUGUGAACUGCCACGAAGAGGUAAUGAAACCACACUGAACUCCUUUAUCAGUUAAUGUUUAUUAGCAGCAGGCUGAAAUGUUAAAGCAGAAAACAUAUGAGUGCUCAAACUGCACCGGUAAAAUUUCUUUUCUAACAAUGAACACUGGGAGAGGCUCACAUUGAUGACAUAACACUGACAAAGAAAGAAUUUGUAAAGUUGUUAAAGGUUCUGCACCCAUGUGAGCAACAGUAAUAACGAAAUAAUAAAGAAAUAAUUUUCAAAUAAAGAUACUUAUACAUAUUAUACAGUACUAUAUAGACAUACAGUCAGGUUUGAAUGCACAUACCAGACCGUCUUGCAUCCAGAUUGAUUUGCGAUUGGCUUCUCAGAACUGAACGUGGUUGUAAGUCGACGACUGCAUGUAUAUGCGUCAUGAAGUUUCUGUGCCAAUUAAGUCUUUGAAAUAAAUAAGAAAAGGGAAGUACAAAUUUGUUCUUAUCCACAAAAAAUACAGAUAAUGUUCUCUGAAAGGGAAAAUCUACUGUGUGAUAAGAUUUUUCAUGGAAAAAGUAAGACACUCUCAGGCCAUAUAGUUUAAUACCAAGUUUCAUUAUAAGCAAAGACUGGCUUCUGAUUAGAAAACUGGCUGCAACAAAAACAUGAAGCCAUUGCGGCCCUCCAGGAAUUUAAUUGAAGACCACAGUGCUACACUAAUAAACCAUAUAAUGUUUGCUUCAUGGGAAUAAUAAAAACACUUUAAAUGUAAACCAGAAACUGCUAUCUGCAUGUCCAGUAUUAAAGAUAUUUCUAUUACAAGCUAACAGGCGUGAAUGAUAAUACAGAGGUUUGAGCACAGCAGGUGGUGUGGCGCAGCGAUUAAGAUACUGGACUUUUACUCCCAGGGUUACCAUUUCAUUUAUUGCAUCAGCAAGUUAUGGUGGGGCUCAAGCCAUGUUUUGUCAUUUGAGGUUUUUCUUUUUCUUUUCCCCCUAGACUUGAAAUGAGUCAAUGUACCUGUCCAUGUCCUCCUUAUGGUUCAACAUUAAAACCUGAAAAAAAUCUUAUGUAUAAUAUGCUUGUAGGGUUUACAGAAAUGCGAUUUAAAUACCAUUAUAUUAGAGCUAUGGGAGAGCCUAGGACUGAGUUUAAGAGCCACUGUUGUAAAACUAAGAAAAAAGAAAAACAGAGAACAAAAGAUAAACACCUCUCGUUAUUAAAUGUUAUUAUCUUUGGGUCACAAGUAUUGCAGUUUUCAUGUCUGGCUAUUAGAAAGAUGCUCUCUUGUAUUUGCAUAACCACUUCUCUGAUAAGACCAAUUAUUUUUCAGGGAAAUUCCUGAUUUAUUUCUCAAGUAAAUCUUCUAAAAAUAUAUAUAAUACAUUAUGUAUAUAAAUAUAGUGGACGAGGAAAAGGUUGGGGUCCAAACUGAAAUCUCCAUUUAAUGAAGAGCUUGUUAUGAGCUCAAAGAAAGUGUGAGGGACCACCAUAGUCUGGGGGUGUUGCUGGUUAAGGCCCACCUCAAGACACACGCUGGCUUCUUCAGAUGCGGGCCUGAGAAUGACCACCAUCUUGUGGUUUGCUUCACAUGCAUAACAUGGACGCAUGCAUACAACUGUAUUAACUGUUUGCUCCAGAAUUUGUGACAUUUAUGUUGAAGUGUCAAGUUGCAGGUAAAACAUACAUUUUUAACUCUUCAUUCUGGACAGUUAAAAUAUUUUAUAAGUGGUUUUACAUCUAAUGACAAUUACACAAUUUCUUACAGAUUUUUAUUAAGUAAUGCUACAUUAAAUUAGUCUGAGGAUGAUUUUUGAUACUAGAGAACCAAAACAUUCUUUUGUCCUCUGGAGGAGUUGCAAGAGAGGACUUGGUUUAUCAGACCAUUUCAUAUCACGUAGGAAGUAUGUGGUAGGAGACUCGUCAAUUUUUGUUCUGUCAGUUACAGUAAAACCUACAAGACCUGUUCAUGCCAUUAUAUUUGUCCUGAUGCCACUGAUGACUUGUAAAUGGAAGAGGGGUUAACCCAAGUUCAGCCACAUAAUACAGAGGCAUGUACUCCUAGUAUGCACCUGUACACCUCCUGACCUGUAUUGAUAAGCAGAAUCACCACCACAAUGUAACACUGUAAAAGGCAUACAGAACAUAUGAUUUUCAUCAUUUUUGACCAGAACUCCUAAAUAAAAAUAGAGGCUGCACUGCAGUACUAUUGAGGCAAGUUUAACCCCUAAAUAAUUAAUGAUUACCUUUUUCUUUUUUAACUGUUUAAUGUGGAUCUCGAAGUUUUAUACAGAAAUGCUCUUCAAGAGUAGAAUAAAAGAAAUUCCCAGAUGUUCUACUCUAUAGGUUAUUUUGCAUUGGCUUUUUUGUUUCAUUCAUUUUGUCAAACAUUUUAAUAGCUGAAGUUGCCUUUUUUCCCUUUGUUCUAUUUUAUUUUAAGAGGCAAGAAAAACAAAAGGUGGUUCAUCAGUUUCGCCCCCACAGGUAUAGUGGAUUGGUUUUGGAGGAGGCAGAUGGGAGUGUGAAUAAAUCAGAGUUUUACCCAAAAAGCAACUAAAUCUUGAGGUUGGUUAUCAGAAUUCUAAAGAGUCGUGUUAUUUAAAGAUCAGAAUGUGGUUUUUGUGUCUGUUUUUUUUUUUUUUUUGCCUUAUUUUCAGUUUUUUAAAUGCUAAUGAACAAAAGUCACUUUUUUUCAAAUACAUUAUUCCCAAAGUAGAAUGAAUGAAAUUGUGUGCCAUCUUACGUUUUAAAAUGUUAUUUAUUUUUUUAUCCUACGUAAAUAUUGUAAAUUAAAUUGAUAUUUUGUGUAAUACGUCUGACACAUACUGCACUAAUAGAAUGAAGUUUUACUUGUGUGAUGGAGUAUGAAACGUGUGGCGUUUUCAGGGAAGAAAUUCCCUUCUGUGUUUUAAGUGAGGCCUACACGUGUAACGUGGCUUAUGGGCUGUUCGGGUGUCCAAUGCCAGACUUGUGCAGUGGAGAGAAUGAUCGUUCAGUCCUCGUGGCUGGAGAUUCUUUUAGUGAAGACUACAGUACAACCUGCUGCCAGAUUCUUUGAGUGGGAUCUUUUUUUUUUUUUAUUUAUUUAUUGAAACAAAGUUUAAAAGACUUCAUAAAAUAGAGACAUACAUGACAUAGCUUCAGCACUUACCAAUAGAACCUUAUCAUAAUGUGACUUUUUUUUUUUUUUUAAACUCAUACAGUAUUUUGUUUUUCAGCUCUUGUAAAUCUGAAGUAUUUAAUAAACGUUUUCUACAACUA